CUCAUCAGGAACAUCAUGGCUCGGAGCAAUGCAUGUUGUCUGGUCCUUCUCCUCCUAUGUGGUGCACUUCUACUGGAAAUGAGUCCUGGGACGAUGCUGGCCAGCGCCGUAAUUUGUCCACAGUACUGCUUGGAUGUGGACUAUAUGACUUGCCCAUCCACUGGCGAUGAGCAACUGAGUCCUAAGUGCAACUGCUGCCUCGCUCCGAAAGGCUGCACUCUUCACCUGAAGGAUGGCACCUCAGUUUCUUGCAGUUGAA